AUGAUGUCCCCAUCCUUUGGAAUGCUCGCGGUGAACUCAUCCCACAGUCACAGAGGUCGCCGUGCCCAACGCAACAGCAACAGCCGGCAGCAUCGUAAUCAUCAGCAGGAAAGUCGCAACAGCAAUAGCGAUAGCAGCGCCAGUCCGCUUCAGGAAACGAGAGAAAUGCCACAACAUCAGCAAUUGCAUUCAUCGUCAUCAUCAUCGCAACAAUCGCAACCACUACACCCGACGCCCAAGAAAUCUCUCUGCGUCGCCAACAUUUUCAAAUACACCAAGACGGAAAAGAUUGGUUUGAAUCUGAAACUGAGCAACACCAUGGGACGGAUUUACGUGUCGGAUAUCAAACGCAACAGCAAGUUUGCCAAUACUCCAUUGCAGAUUGGCAUGGUGGUCUUGACCGUCAAUGGCAAACCGUGUCCCCGGACCGUCAAGGAAACUGCAACCAUUGUCAAAGCCAUUGAAGGAGACUUGACCAUUGUUGCCUGUUCCUUGAAGGAUCCGAAUCAACAACAUCAGGAGAGUAACAAUGCUACUACAAACGUCACUCGAGCCUUUUCUUCUAUGUCACGCCGCCGCAAUCGUAGGGAAGAGGAUGAAGCGAGACGACAACGACUUAGUGAGUGUUUGGCGCCCGUAGAAUUUGUCACUUCCCCGAGUAUGGAGAGCUCUUCGGCCAUGUUGGUAGCGGAUGACGAAGGUGUCGAAGCAACACUAUUGGAUACUUCCAAUGAAACGAGCAGAAGCAGCAAGAAAAACUAUCACGAUGAAGCCGACGAUGGCGAUGCGGAUGAUGACUGGUCCAGGGGGAAACCAUUACUUUCCGAUUCAGAAGAUGAAACCGAUUGGAAUGAAAAGCCAAGAAGAAAUGUUGCUCGAAGAGGCAGCGAUAAGCCUAGAUUUAUCACCGCGGAGAGUCCUCUGCCAAAGAGUAAUGUGGCUCGAAGAGGCAGUGGCAAGCCUCGAUAUAUUACUACAGAGAAUUCCAAGCUAAAAAGUAAUGCGGCAAGAAGAGGCAGUGGCAAAACAAAACACAUUCCCACCAGUACUUCCAAGCGUUCUGCUUCGGAUUCGUUCAAAGCCACGUUAGCAGCGGCCUCGGCGACUGCAUCCCUAGAGGCAGCAGCGAGCCCUACCGCAAGAGCCAAACGCGCAGCUUCGGACUCCUAUGCCUUUUCCAAAGCGGCCAAACAGGCUGCCAAGCAAGCCGAUGGGUACGAAUCGGAAUCUUCCACCUUUUCGCUCCUGAGUCAAGCACAGCAACUGACAGAAGCCGCUACCAGCUGGCUCUUGGGAAAUGAUGCACCCGAAUCUACAAAAGAUGAAAUGACAUUUGAUGGAGACGAAGAGUUUGAUGCUGCCUACGAUACCGACUUUUCAAGGACAAAGCAGGAUAGAUCAUCCAAUCAACAACAACAACAACAACAAAUGCAAAAGGGCGGAGGACCUAUUCGUCUCUUUCCAAAUCAACAGCAACAGCAGCAGCAACAACAACAGUUUCAUGAAUAUCCACCUCCUUCUCCCCAUCAAUACCGCAUGACCCCAGCAGCAAGCCACCAAGACACCAAUGGUGACAAUGAUCAACCACCACUUCCCCAACCCCUUCUGCAACGGCAGUCCCAAAAUCAGCCUGCAUUCUUCAUGACACCCGGUGCCUACUCGAUUCAGGGACCAGCCUCUCUUUCCCGAGCUAGCUCACGGGCCAGUUCCAAUCCCAGUUCCGGUCAUGAAUCGGACGACUCUUCCUUCUUGCGCAGCUUUUACGACGCGGGAGACUUUUCCGAUUUUGACGAUGAUACCGAUUUGGAUGUGGGGGUGGAGGAAGGAAAUAAUGCAGAGGGUCUCUUGGAUAGUUUAUUGGACAAUAACAGUGUGGAUUUUGAAGACGAGAUUCUCAACCAUUCCUCCACUCACUCCAGUGUGGUGGUCGCUGCCGAACUGACGACCGAUGCCGAAGCACAGAUUGAAGAUCGUGUGCGACGAAGUAUCCUACAAGAUACUGCCGUGGCAUCUGUGGUCAUGGUCGAACAUGGUGGAAGUAUUGCGCACGGCAAGCAGAGUCCCAGAGAACGCAGUUAUACCAACAGCAGGAAUGGUAACAAAAAGUACAACCCCAAGAAUGUGAAGCAAAAGCUCUUUGGUGAUGGCAAGAAGAACUCCAUGGAGGUCAUCUUGGCCGGACUGGAAGCUGCCCCCGAUGAUUACAUUCGCAAGAGAGAUUUACUUCCAUGGACGGUCAAACGAAAUGCUACCACCAACAAAUGGGUAGCUUCGGUACAAACAAACCAAAAGGCAUGGGAAGAAGCUUCUUCGAACCACGAGCGAUCGCUGGAGCAAGUUCGGUCCUGUCAUACCUUUUCGGGGGACACAGAGUCGGAAGCCUACGAGGCGGGUCUUGCCAUGGCACCUCCCGUCAUGCAUCCCUUUUCGGAUAAUCCCACUUGUUUCCUGUGCAAAUCCAAGUUUGCCGUCUUCCAACGGCCCAAACAUUGCAAGAACUGUGGAGUCGUCAUUUGCUCCAGCUGUUGCUGUACGUGGUCCAGCAAACGAUUGCCGGAUACCUAUCGCAAGAAAAGUAAGAACACCACUGGGACCGUGCUAGUGUGUCUGGGUUGCGAUUGGUUGGCCACCAACUUUCAACAAGCCUUGUUAAGAGGCAACAUGUCCAAGGCUCUGACUCUCUACAAGACUGGAAACAUCAACAUGCGAACUCCCUAUGGUCCCUACAAUGGUGGCCGCAGCAAGAAACGACGGGAUGAAAUCAUGCAUCCCAUCCACAUGGCCAUUUUUGGUGGAAACUUGCAACUGGUCCAAUGGUUGGUCCAAGAUCGCUAUGUGCCCUUGCAACGAUCCGUUCCCUUGGCCACCCAAGGCAACAGCAGCACCAGCAAGCGCUUCAAUGACAGUUUGGUCUUGCGGACUUCCAAGGGUCGGUCGCCCUUGCGAUUGGCACUGGCGCAAGAACACACAGACAUUCUUCAGUAUUUGGUAUCGAGUCAGAAACUAAAUUUGUUGGAAGAAGACUUGCGCGCCGACUAUCGUAAGGUCUUGAGGCAUUUGACUGGUCUCUUGGAUACUGUGCCUGCCAGUAUGUUGGCCGAGCAAAAUCAAAUGCCCGCCAGUGUCCAAAUCGCCCAUCGACAGCGAUCCAACCCGCAAGGCUCUAGCAGCCAUCACUCGAGCAGCCAAAACAAUUUGAAUCACGCCGCUAGCGGAGAUUCCAUUGCUCCUCCCGGAAAUCAUUUGCUAUUUUCCAGUUAA